ACACAGUGCCCCCCUUAGUGAUAAGCUUAUCAACAGUUUAACACACAGCACAUGCGUAAAGUGCACUCAUCAUCAGAGGUGGGAUGCCUUUUAGAAACGAUAUGCUUUUCUUCAUAGUGACGGCGACUCUAGCGUCUCUGAACGGUUUGAAUGGACAAGCUGUUGAUUCAGGAGCUCUGCCUGUGUUACAAGGCAGACUUCACUUCCGGAGUGUGGUGUCUGAUGAUGGACAACAUGGAUCUGCACUCCCAACUCGAUACGGAUCCCUCACCUUCAUGUCUGAUAAAGGGGGUGAUGAAAAGUUGGCUCCUGUGUCGCACAGUUUGAUGGCUGCAAAACUCAAGCAUCUGGAUCCAUCAGUACAAUGCAGCGACAACUUGAUGACUCUGAGGGUCAAACGGAGGGGAGCUCCUCACGUUCUUGUGAAUAGUGGUGUGGGACCUCUUACCCCUCUGUCUCGAAUGCCCUCCAGCUGUGGCUCCUCUGUGAAGAGGUCCCGCAGGGAUGUGGCUUUUGCCGCACCCUACCAAGGCUGCCAUGUCAGCCAACAGGGGGGAGACUAUGUACUACCACUGCGUUUAUGGGGGAAACCCAUGGCCAUGUCUUGCCCUGCUGUGCUACCACCACCUUCUGUUUCCUGCUUCCCAACUGGAAUGGUGGUGAAGUUUGGGGGUAUUGCAGCAAAUGAUCUCAAAGUAAAAGUUUCUGGUGCAUGGGUGUAUCUGUCCUCAGUCUGUGGCAGUUGUGGAAUUGCUGUCGACUCAUUAGCUGGAGAAUUGACACUCACUGCACCCUACAACCGAGGCCUUUGCAUAGAGAACAAGGAUGAGGAGUAUUUCCUUUCUCUUCUGUUGUUGGAUGUUGAGCUCUUAGUCACAUGCCCCUCAUUACCUGAAAUUAAACCGACCACAUCAACAGCCUCACCCCCUAGUGACAGUAGUCCAGUCUUGCAGUUCCCUCAUUUCCAUCAGUUUCCUCAGUACCCUCAGUUUCCUAUGUUUCCACACUACCCAGCGCUUCCUGUGCCCACUCCUUCAGCACACACCCCUGCUCCUACCCCGAGUACAGUGGCACCACCAUCCCAGUGGCUGCAGUUUCCUUCAGAUCCUGCACACUAUCCAAAGUGGCCUCAGUAUAACUUCUUUCCUGGACCUGUACCACCAACACAGUCUACUCCUGAUAAAACCCCUGCUGCUACUCCUGAGUCUGAGUUAACUCAGAUGCCACAUUCUCAAUAUGAUUGGAAGCCUGAUCCCCAGCUGCCUCCGUUCCCACUGCCACCUCAGUAUCACUUCCUGCCAUACCCUAAACUCCCAGAGCCUCAAGGAGGCCAGCACCAGACGUUUCCAAAUCCCAAACCUGUGAUCCAGCAGCCCAAACCCCAACCUCUGCAUCCUCAGAUCUACCAGGUUCCUGUGUUGUAUCCUCCACCAAGGUACCCCCCUCAAAGACCAACUACUCCAUCUCCAACUGCUGCUCCUACCACUGCGCAAGCCACCACCCUAAAGCCUGCUGAUCAAAAGCCUUUUGAUGCUCCACACCCUUAUAUGCAAUAUUAUUUGCCUCAGCAGGCUCCAAUACCUGUAUUUCUUGAUCCUGCAACCACGCCUCAUACAAACCCAGCUCCAUUUGAUCAGCAAGGACAGCAACCUGUGCACUAUGCCGUUCCUCCAUAUUACUUUUUCCCUCCUCACCAGAGACCACCAAAAACUGAAUAGUCUGCUGAUGACUCCCUAUAGCAUCACUGACUCACAAAUUGAGGAAUCUCAUAGAUUCGGCUAGUAAAACUGGAACAAACACUCUCCAAGGAUCCUUUCCUACCUGAAGGAAAUCAAUCGCUAAAUGGUUACAGGGCUAGCAACUUGAAAAUCUUGUCAUGCAUUUAGCAAGAGGGAUUCAAAAUGUAUAUUUUCUCAACCAGAAUUAAAAGAAAAAUUGA